AUGCUCGGUUCACUCGAUGAAGCGCAAUUCUUCCAGAUUCUCAUUCGAUUAAUGAAUUUCAAAAGAUGCAUCGAAAUUGGUACAUUCACCGGUUAUACAUCCUUGACGAUUGCUCUCGCUCUACCUUCUGAUGGACAAGUGAUCACGUGUGAUAUUGAUGGUCAAUAUAUUCGUCAAGAUCUAUGGAGAAAGGCAGGUGUUGACGAAAAAAUUACUUUGCGACUUGAACCAGCUAUUCAGAUACUAGAGAAAUUGAUAGAAGAACACGGUGAUGGAUCAUUUGAUUUCAUUUUUAUUGAUGCUGACAAAGUUAACUAUUUGCGAUGCUACGAGUUAUCCAUUCGACUAGUUCGCUCCAAUGGACUAAUCGUGAUAGACAACACAUUAUAG